AUGGGGCUUGUUUUAGGAACUUUCCUGAAAUAUCGAGAGACUGCCAUGGUCAAAGCCAACAACCGUGAUCUCACCUACAUGUUCCUUGUCUCCCUCCUGCUUUCCUUUCUAUCCUCCUUUUUAUUCAUUGGUCAACCACACAUGGUGACCUGCCUUCUCCAACAAACUGCCUUCAGCAUCAUCUUCUCAGUCGCUGUCUCUUCCUUGUUGGCAAAAACCAUCAUGGUGGUGGUGGCUUUUAUGGCCACAAAGCCGGGGAGUAGGAUGAGGAAAUGGCUGGGGAAGACUUUAGCCAACUCCAUUGUCAUUUCUUGUUCUGGUGUUCAGGUGGCCAUUUGCACGAUCUGGCUGGGAAUCUCUCCCCCUUUCCCAGAUGCUGACAUGCACUCUCAACUUGGGCAGAUCACACUGCAAUGUAAUGAAGGAUCUGCGCUCAUGUUUUAUACUGCCCUUGGCUACAUGGGCUUUCUGGCCACUAUCUGUUUCACUCUGGCUUUCUUUUCCAGGAAACUGCCAGGGGCCUUCAAUGAAACAAAGUUAAUCACCUUCAGCAUGUUGGUGUUUUGCAGUGUUUGGGUGUCCUUUGUGCCCACCUACCUGAGCACCAAAGGGAAAUACAUGGUGGCUGUUCAGGUCUUCUCCAUCUUGUCCUCCAGUCUGGGGUUAAUGGGUUGCAUUUCCAUCCCCAAAUGCUACAUUAUAUUAGUUAGGCCUGACUUGAAUACAAAGAAUCUUCUGGUGUGGAAAACAAAAUAUGGUACUUGA